AUGAAACCAUCAUCAUCAUCAGCAUCAUCUAUUCUUCUCAUCGCAGUCUUCGCGGGAAUAACAACUGCAGGACCGGUUGCAUACGGAGUUUGUCAGAGUGGGUGUGCGGCGGUGGUGAUGGCUUGUUAUGGGGCGGGGGGAGCGACGUGGGGAGCGACGGCGGCAGCGACGGCGGCAGCGACGGCGGCAGCGACGGCGGCAGCGACGGCACCGGCGACUAUCGUGGCGUGUAAUACGGCGUUUGGGGUUUGCAGCGCGAAGUGUGCGGUGUUGUUGGCGGCGCCUAUUCCUUGA